AUGAAUCUUAGACCACAAGAUCAUUCAGAAGUAUCCUAAUAUUCAUCAUCCAUUUUAGGGCAAUCAAGCAUAAUACAACAAAAAAUAUGCUAUCUAUUAUCAAAAGCCUGGAGAGGAAGAGCUCAAACAAAUUGUACUCGAAUUACCCAGCAUUUUCACUGUUGGUGACUGUAUAGAUUUUUCUAUAGAAUAAAUCAAUAUCCAAGAUCCCUGUAUAUAUAUAAAAUCUAAAUCAUUAAUAGCUUUUAAAUUCUAAGGUUCCGCAGAUCGUUUUAAAUUGAAAGUGGCAAAAAAGAAUGGCAAACCCAAAGAUGACUUACCAGGUAAUCUCAUUCAUACUAUGUAGCUUUGGACAACGAAUAAUAACUCAUUGACACUGGUGCAAUAGUAUUUGCAUUGGUUUUAAACCAGAAUUAAUAACAAUUAGAAAAAUAAAUCACAUUUGCUCCGACUAACCAAUCCAACCAGACUCAACAGUCUCAAGCCAACCUACAAGAAUCCUCCAUUAAACAAAGAACCUCUUAUAGCAAUAGUUUAAGUAAUAACAAGAAGGUAUUCAAUCUACCAUAAAUUUAGAACAAAAAUGGAGGAAAUGAUUAAAAAAAUGAUGCCAAUGGAUUUUGUUUCUUUAAGCAAUGCGCUUGAAAUGAAUUCGUACUACCAACUUAAUAUAUCCC